UCCCCAGGAACAUUUCCAAGUGUAAUCAUUAUUAUCAUUUAUAUCAUGUUGUGUGCAUGCGUUCUCUUGGUAUUUUUGUGUUCGAAUUUCUUCAAUCCGAAGGGGCGAAAGGGCGAACGGGGAUGGGUUGGUUUCUCCGGAGACGUCGGACCUCCAGGAACACGUAAGGGGCUCAGGGGACGGGACGGCUCUAAGGGUGAAAAGGGGCAGAAAGGCGAACACGGGCAUCGGGGCGACGAGGGUUCUCCCGGCGACGCCGGAUCUCCUGGAGCCAAAGGUGAGAGAGGAGCGAAAGGAAAAAAGGGGUCUCCGGGUGCCAGAGGAACACGAGGCCUUCCUGGGAAAAGGGGGAGAACGGGAGCAAAGGGAGACAGCAGGGUCCCCGGCCCCCGGGGGCACACAGGAGCCCAGGGGCAGCAGGGCCCGACGGGAGAGCCCGGCCUUCCUGGACAAGUGCACAUUUUUCCAGGACUGCAAGGGGAAAAGGGAGCAGUGGGACCCUCUGAAAAAUGCAACUGCACCUGGGCAAAUUCAUUUGAACCCCCAGCCAAGCCGACCUAUGGUCAAGUCCCAUCUAUCUAUAUCGUGAACGACGAGGCAGAGAUGUCUGAGCUGAGAUGGGAGAACGUCAUUGUUCUGAGAAGAGACACCCGCACUCUGUACGUGUACACAGGCUCUGCCUGGACCGCCGUGAGGGUCUCGCCGCCUUCUUAGAGGAACAUGGACACCGUCUGUGCUCCCCCCUUUAGAAACAUCAAGAUACACAACACCUGCA